AUGCCUGAACAUUCUAAAGAAGUUAAGCAACUUAAACGUAAUGUGGGUCCUAAGGAAUUUCUUCAAAACUGUAAAGCUUUUCGUGAUUCUAUCCAGGAGAUUCUCGUGAGUAUUGGAUUUCAUGUUGAUUCUUCCAAACCUCAAGGUUUGAUCUAUUCAGGUCGCGAUAAGGAUUAUAAAAUUAUUGUACGUGUUAAACAUAGAACAAAGAAAAAUCUUGGAUUUGAUGAUCCAGAGCGAUUAAAGUCAAUGAUUGAUACGUAUUACAGCGGUCAUGAGGGUUUUAUUGUUACUGAUUGCAGAUUUUCAUCAAAUUGUGAAAAAGUUGCUAAAACAAUGAUGAUUAAUUUAUGCAAAGAAGGUAUGUUUAAGGAAUUGGUGUUAAAUAGGUUUAAUGCUCGUAAUUAA